AUGAGAAGAUCGAUCACCUUCGCAAUCAUUAGCUGCAAAGGACACGGGCUACGUGGUAUGCCUGGAACUCAUCGGCUGGGGAAAGCCACCGGCCAGGCAGAACUGCAACCGACUAUACGCUUUCUACCGUCCGUUUUGCAUUGGUAUUCUCUUCAUUUCCGAUUGAGCGUGAAUGCGCGCCUUCAUAAAACAACUUCAAUGCCACCGUUGCCUUGCUCGUAG